AUGAUUAGCAAUCCUGCUGAGGAAAUUCCUCCGUCCGACAAUGUUUUUGAAUACAUAGUGUUUCGGGGUUCUGAUGUGAAGGAUUUGCACGUUUGCGAAGCCCCAGCUCAGCAACAGUCAAUGCCACCUCAAGUCCCUAAUGAUCCUGCUAUUCUUGGGCAUUGGUUUGUCUUGUCAAUGUUGGAUCCUAUUUGUCAUGCAAAAGAAAAAAGAUCGCGUUUUAAUGAUGAAAUUCUGGAUACUACUGCUCCACGACCUCCAAAUUUUCAAAGCUUUGCCCCACCACCACCAUUAGGUGUACAACCACCUCCUAACUUUCCUGGUGCUUCUUUGAAUCCUUUUUAUCUUCAACAGGUUGCUUCUUUUCAGCAACAACAACAGUUUUGGCAGCAACCACAAGUUCCACAACCACAACAGCUUAACAAUAUCACCGAAAGUCUUGCGAAAGAAGCUGAACAGCCAAAGUCACAGCAACAGAAAGAGCAUGGUACACCGGACAAAGUAGAAGACCAUAAAACGGAAAAGAAGACUUCAGUGACCAAAAAUUUCGUCAAGACGGGAAGUAGUUCCCGAUCAUCGGCACAAACAACAAACGUUAGGAAUGAAAGUGCAAUAGAAGCGCCAUCAACGGCCAUGGCCGUGGAGAACUUGGCCAAAAAAGUCAGCGAAUUAAGUAUUACCACGAGAGAGGUUAAUGGAGAAAGAGUUAUGGGCAACAAUCGUUCUGUAUCAAGCAAUAACCGACUUCCUGGAAUGGGAGGCCAUCUUGUACAACAAAAUCGCAGAGGUCGUGGCAGUAGAAGAAACUAUAAUCAAAGUUAUGAUCGUAAUAGAAUUCCCGUUCCGCAAUCAGAUUUUGAUUUUGAAUCGUCAAAUGCCAAGUUCAACAAAGACGAACUUGUCAAAGAGGUUGUUAAGAAAAUUAUUCCUAACCAUGAUCUUAAAGAAGAAAAUUGCGCAGAUGGCCUCGAACUUGGCCCAGAAGAGGAGGAAGAGGAAGUUUUGAUACCACCUGCUGAGACUUAUUAUGAUAAGGCUAAAUCAUUCUUUGAUAACAUUUCUUGUGAAACAAAAGAACGGUUGGAACAGCAAGGACCUGAUGGCCGGUUAGCUUUUUUUUUAAAGAAAAUUUACUCAAAACAUAUAUAUGCAUUUGAUAAUUAUGCCUAUUUAUUAAUUGUUAAUAGAGGAUUGUCUGUGGCUGAGCGAAGACAGAAACAAUCCGAAGAAAGACGUCUGAAUCUUGAAACUUUUGGGCAAGUCUCGAUCGACGUCGUGGUUAUAGGGGAAGCCGAGGUGGAUAUCGUGGCGGCCGUGGAAUCCGUGGAGGGUACUCUAACAACUAUCGGGGGAAUAAUUUCAGGGUAUAUUCAGCAACAACAAUCAUGA